AUUCUUUGUGGGAUGAUGCUUAGUUACUUUUUUCACCAACAAUAAGAAAGAUCAAAAUAUUUACAAAAUAACAAUGAAAAACCAUCUUCUCCACGUCCAAAUAAAAUCGAAUACCUUACUUUCUUGUAUAAUAACCAUAUUGAAUGUCCAAAGCUAGAGACACUGCUGGCUACAAAAAGGAAAGUACACUUUUUUCUAGAAAGCGUCGAAAGUAUUCGGUCUAAUAUUGCAUUGUUUUACUUCAUCGCUCCCUAAGAAUGGUCUAGAAAACUUGCGCCAACGUCUUAAUGGACAGAGACAAGCUAAAAGCAAUCCACGUUUGGUCACCUGUUUUACUUUGAAGGAUCAGUGGCUCCUGCCGAUAAAUUCCUUGGUUCUGUUUGGUUUUGUGCCCAUGUGAUGAUUAAUUUAAUUGAGAACGUGACACGGGUGAAUAACAAUACCGAAAUCUUAAAGUUUAUCAUGUUGAACAUCACCGGUGAGUCAAACGCUCCUCCAGCUGUCCGAGAAUUCGAAAAGAUAUGAUUAAUAGGAGGCCCUCCCUUUUUUGAUUUACAGCUGUAAUCAACACCUUUCAUUUUGGAAAACCAAUUGAACGAAGAUUUCCUCAAAAAUUGGUGGGAACCAACAUACUUUCAAUUCACCCAAGCACAUUAGAAGCCAGCUUAGGAUAAACUUUCGUCUCAUCAACUGCAAUAUAAGAAGAAAAGCAAAAGUUGCAGCAACAACGAUAACACUCCAAAUAAAAUGGCCGAUCUACCAUCACGCAGUGUAGCUUUGACCAUCGUGGAGUCCGGCUUUAUGACUGCACUGAACAUUUUUUCGCUGGGAGGAAACAUCAUGGUGUGUAUAGCCGUUUACAGGAAUACAAGACUACGUUCUACCACUAACAUUUACAUCAUCGCGUUGGCUAUCAGCGAUCUUUUGAGCGCCAUUUUCGUCAUGCCGUUUGCAGCCGGAGUGCUCAUUUCAGGAAGAUGGCCCUUUGGUAAAGUACUUUGCCAGAUAAACGCCUUUUUCAGCCUAUUUGUUGUGUACGUUUCACCCGUGACGAUGGGUUUGACAGCAGUUAACAGAUACAUGAGAAUAUGCAAGUCAGAUAUGGAGUAUAAACGGUUCUUCUCCCCAAUAAAAUCCCGCCUCGUGCUGGCCUUUGUAUGGGGUUUAAUUGCUGGUUACAUCCUGUUCUCUCGCUUGGCUGGUCUACAAGGCUUUCAAUUUGUGCCGGAUUAUGCUUCGUGCUUGAACCAACAUCUGGCUGCAUCUAGCAAAAUACUUCAUUAUUUUGUGGUCGUUGGCUUGUUUUUCCUUCUUCCCCUGGCGGUGACGAUUUUCAGUUACAGAAAAGUCUCCAGAAAAAUCCGGGAACACAACAUCAAUUUAGCGAUGACCCAUCAAAGUCAAAGACGGGAUGCC